AUGUCCUCUACUAAAAUUAACAUUUUUUUAACCGGUGCAACUGGUUAUAUUGGAGGAAGUAUUUUAACUGCGCUUCUUCAACAUCCAAAUGCUUCAAACUUUAAUAUUACUAGUCUUAUUCGAGGUGAUAAUGAAAGAAUUAAGAAAUUAUCAUCACUCAAUGUUACGCCUCUAAUCGGUUCAAAUGAUUCGUUCGAAAUUAUUGAAAAAGUUGCAAGUGAAUCCCAUGUUGUCAUUCAUACUGCAAAUUCAGCUGAUGAUCUUCCAUCAACUAAAGCUAUUAUUUCUGGCUUAAAUAAACGGACUAAAGAAACAGGCAAACCAGCAAUUUAUAUUCAUACAAGUGGUACAGGUGUUCUUGCAGAAGAUGUUUGCGGUAAGGCUGGUUCAAAUACGGUCUAUUCUGAUCUUAAUCCUGAUCAAAUUAACGGUCUUGCUGAUGAACAACCUCAUCGUAAUAUUGAUCUCUUCAUCAUUAACUCAGCAGAUGCAAAUCCUCUUUUAAAAACAGUUAUCAUUCUUCCAUCUCUUAUUUAUGGUAUCGGUACUGGUCCAUUCAAUCGUACUUCCGUGCAACUUCCAAUUCUUAUUCGAUCAGCUUUAAACCGACAUAAAGCCGAAAUGAUUGGACCAGGUCAAGCAACAUGGAAUAAUGUUCACAUUGCCGAUUUAUCUGAUGCUUAUAUUAUUAUUUUUGAUCAACUUCUUGCUGCAUAUGGUCCUAGUGCCAAGCUCGAUGUACAACCGAGUCCUUAUCUAACAACAGGACGAGAAGGUUAUUAUUUUCUUGAGAAUGGAAAACAUACUUGGCGACAACUGUCAGAAAAAAUUGGUGAAGUUUUAUACAAGAAAGGUAUUGCUAAAUCACCUGACGUUACAAGUUUUCCAGAUGACGAAGUAGAAAGUAGUCUUAUGGGUGAAUAUAGUUGGUAUUUAGUGGGCAGUCAAUCAAAUUCAAAAGCUGAAAGAGUUAGAAAAUUAGGAUGGAAACCACAUCGACCAAGUGUUUUUGAUAGUGUUGAAGAACAAGCUGAUGCUUUAAUUAAUAAUGUCAAAGAUUAA